CGGAGUCGAGCUUUGGUUCCAAGGGGAGCAGCAGGUCGGGCGGCCCCGGUGCCGCCGGGAUCCGCGGGAGCUGUGUACGGCGGCGGGCCGGCCCGCCCCGCCCCGCGAUCUCGGCCGCCUCCUGCUGCGCAGCGCUGUGGACGGGCGCCGCUGAGCCGAAAUGCAAAUUUAGAAAGGGAUUUGCCAGAUAAAGAAGAUGGGAGCCAACAUCAGCAGCAUCAGUGAGCUUCCAGAAAAUGAGUACUUGAAAAAGUUAUCAGGAGCAGAGCCCAUCUCUGAGAAUGACCCAUUCUGGAAUCAGCUGCUCUCCUUCAGCUUUACCACCCCAACCAACAGUGCUGACUUAAAGCUCCUGGAAGAAGCCACAAUCUUAGUCUGCAAGUCUUUAGUUGAGAAGAAUCCUCGAACAGGAAACCUUGGAUCUUUGAUUAAAGUCUUUCUUUCAAGAACCAAAGAGUUAAAAAUCUCAGCAGAAUGUCAGAAUCACCUCUUCAUCUGGCAGGCUCACAAUGCACUGUUCAUUAUUUGCUGUUUGCUGAAGGUGUUCAUCAGUCGGAUGUCAGAAGAGGAGUUGCAGCUUCACUUUACUUAUGAAGAGAAAGGACCAGGCUCAUAUGGAACAGAGUGUGAAGACCUCAUAGAAGAGUUGCUGUGUUGCCUGAUCCAGCUCAUUGUUGAAAUUCCCCUCUUAGAUAUCACAUACAGCAUUUCCUUGGAAGCUGUGACCACUCUCAUUGUCUUCCUCUCCUGCCAGUUAUUCCACAAGGAAAUUCUACGGGAGAGCAUCAUUCACAAGUACCUGAUGCACGGUCGAUGUCUCCCAUACACCAGCAGGCUUGUGAAGACUUUACUCUAUAAUUUCAUCAGGCAAGAAAGAAGCCCUCCUCCAGGGAGCCAUGUCUUUCAGCAGCAAACAGAUGGAGGAGGACUGCUUUAUGGAAUUGCAUCUGGGGUGGCAACUGGCCUGUGGACAGUCUUCACGCUUGGUGGGGUGGGCAGUAAACCAACACCUCAGUUGGAGCAGUGCUCCCCUCUUGCCAACCAGAGUCUCCUGCUCCUGCUAGUCUUGGCUAAUCUGACUGAUGCUCCAGAUGCACCAAAUCCCUACAGACAAGCUAUUAUGUCCUUCAAGAACACACAAGAUAGCUCUGCUUUCUCCUCAUCAAAUGCCCAUGCUUUCCAGAUUAAUUUUAACAGUUUAUACACAGCUCUGUGUGAGCAGCAGAAAUCUGAUCAAGCAACUCUUCUGUUGUACAUGCUCCUGCAUCAAAAUGGCAACGUCCGGACCUACGUGUUGGCACGAACCGACAUAGAAAAUCUUGUUCUGCCAAUUCUGGAAAUCCUGUAUCACGUCGAAGAAAGGAAUUCCCACCAUGUUUACAUGGCUCUGAUCAUCCUGCUGAUCCUGACUGAGGAUGAUGGUUUCAAUCGGUCCAUUCAUGAAGUGAUAUUGAAAAAUAUCACUUGGUAUGCUGAACGUGUCUUAACUGAGAUCUCACUUGGGAGUCUCCUGAUAUUAGUGGUGAUAAGAACCAUCCAGUACAACAUGACACGGACCAGGGACAAAUACCUUCACACCAAUUGUCUGGCAGCCUUAGCAAACAUGUCAGCACAGUUCCGCUCACUUCACCAGUACGCUGCUCAGAGGAUCAUCAGUUUAUUUUCUUUGCUGUCUAAAAAACACAACAAAGUUCUGGAGCAAGCCACACAGUCCUUGAGAGGAUCCUUGGGUUCAAAUGACUCUCCCCUUCCUGAUUAUGCACAAGACCUGAAUGUGAUUGAGGAAGUCAUCCGCAUGAUGUUGGAGAUCAUCAACUCCUGCUUGGCCAACUCUCUUCACCACAACCCCAACCUGGUCUACGCGCUGCUCUACAAGCGGGAUCUGUUUGAGCAGUUUCAGACUCAUCCUUCCUUCCAGGACAUCAUGCAAAAUAUAGAUCUGGUGAUCAGCUUCUUCAGCUCCCGACUGGAACAAGCUGGAGCUGAGCUGUCAGUGGAGAGAGUCCUGGAAAUCAUCAAGCAAGGAGCUGUUGCUUUGCCCAAAGACAGAUUAAGAAAGUUCCCCGAGCUGAAGUUCAAGUAUGUGGAGGAGGAGCAGCCUGAGGAGUUCUUCAUCCCCUACAUUUGGUCCUUGGUCUACAACUCUGCCAUGGCCCUGUACUGGAACCCUCAUGACAUCCAGCUCUUCACCAUGGACUCUGGUUGAAGGAGAUGCUCCAACCAAGCCAACUCAACUCUUGUCUUCUUACAGAACAUGGAACUCUGCACCAUUGAUACGUGACCCCUUCCAGCGUGCACCCUCUGACCCCAAAGCUUACCGAGAAUGAAACUUGCCACCAGUUUACAGCCCAACUUCCAUGUUUUUGGAAGCAGGUUGCCACCAACAUACUGGCAACAGACCGUGGUGGGAGGAACUGAUGACUUGGAGGCAACCUUGUAUUUAUUGUCCUAUAACCUAGAGCUUGUUUGAUGCAAAUGAGGCCUUACACAUGGGGUAUGAUGUUACUACCCACCACAAACCUCCUUCUUCUUUUCACUUGAUGGAGGAAAGAGCUUGUGGACUUGGGAGUUGGAAGCAGCAUCUGAGGUUUUGUUUCUAUCAAGCCAGGCAGCUUCACUGGGUCAAGCUUUUCUAAGGGCUGUUGGAUUCUGCCAUGGGUUGCUCGUUGCUCAGUCUUCUGCUUUCCCUCACAUCCCUCCAUUUUGGUGGCACUGCUGUGGCCAUAGUUGUUAAGUUGGUGUCUCCACACUGUCAUCUGAGUGAAGCAAAGCAGCUUCUUCAUGGGAUUAACUCCCAGGCAGGUCCAAAACCCCUUGAUUUAGGUGUCAAAACGUUUGUGGGAGGAUUUUCAGUUUCAUUUUUUGGUUGUUGUUGCUGUUUGACUGGCAAAUACUCAAGAGGGCUCAACAUCAGCUUCAGAGUCAGGUCCCUUACAGACUUCUGGGCCAAAGUUGUUCUGGGAAAUUGGAUGUGUUGGGUGGGGGAGGGAAAAAAGUCUCCAAAGAAAUGAGUGAUCAGGUUGUAAAAUAGACCCAUGUCCUGUAAAGCCAUGUGUGAUGGGGACAGCAUGUGGUGGGGAUACUUGGCAAAGUUCUGUGUUGAAAACCCUCUUGUUUGCUAUUAAAGGUUUUAUGGCAGAAGUAGAAAUUCA